AUGGCGCUCACAGCAACACGACUUAGCCUACGACGGGUUUGUUCCGCCCGACAGCGACCAUUGACACAAGCUCGACGAUGUUUAGCGACGCAUUCAUCUCAUAUCGCAUCGAGCCCUCUUGAACCAUAUAAUGCCCUCGAUUACAACACCCGACUCGAAUCCCUCCGUCGCGUCCAAGGCGCUAAUAAACGACCCUUGACCCUCUCCGAAAAGCUCCUCUACAGCCACUUAAUCCACGACAACGAUGAUUGGGUACUCGACCAAAUAGAGCGAGGAAAGACAAUCCUCCGCCUACGACCGGAUCGCGUCGCUUGCCACGAUGCAACAGCUACAAUGGCUCUUCUCCAAUUCAUUAGCGCUGGCCUACCACGCGUUCAAGUGCCAACAUCCGUGCACAGCGAUCAUCUUAUCGUCGCGGAGUACGGUGCGAAGAAAGAUCUUGAGCGGGCUGCGGGUGAUCAUCGCGAAGUUUAUGCUUUUCUAAGCAGCGCCGCGAAGAAAUACGGUAUUGGGUAUUGGAAGCCUGGUGCUGGUAUUAUACACACUACUAUCUUUGAGAACUACGCUUUCCCAGGUGGUUUAUUCAUUGGGACAGACUCGCAUACCCCAAACGCUGGUGGAAUGGGUGUUCUUGGUAUUGGAGUUGGUGGCUCCGAUGCUGUGGAUGCUAUGGCUGGAAUGCCAUGGGAGCUUGUCUGUCCAAAAGUCUUGGGUGUUCGUCUUACAGGAAGCUUGUCGGGAUGGGCCUCUUCUAAGGACAUCAUCUGCAAGCUUGCUGGCAUUCUUACUGUCUCUGGCGGAAAGGGCAAGGUCAUCGAAUUCUUUGGUCCUGGUACGGAAACGUUGGGAGCUACAGCCAUGGCGACUGUUUGCAACAUGUCUGCCGAGGUUGGAUCAACAUCAUGCAUCUUCCCCUACUCGCAAGCCAUGGCGCGGUAUCUUUCAGCGACCAAGAGAGGCGAUAUCGCUCGCUAUGCUGAUGGCUUCACCGAGACACUACUCACUGCCGACCGUGGAAGCGAGAAAUACUAUGACGAGGUCAUUGAGAUUGAUCUCUCAACACUUGAGCCUCAUAUCAACGGCCCUUUCACUCCAGACCUUUCACAUCCCUUAUCUGAGUUCAAGACACGCGUUCAAGAGAGCUCUUGGCCCUCUAAGAUCAGCCACAGCAUGGUGGGCAGUUGCACCAACAGCUCAUACGAGGACCUCAAGAAAGUCUACGACUUGGUUCAACAGGCCAAGAAGGCAGGUAUCAACCAGCCCAGGACACCUUUCAUGGUGAGCCCAGGAAGCGAACAGAUUCGCGCAACAGCAGAGGAGAGUGGUAUCCUACCAAGUCUAAGGGAGGCUGGCGCUGUCGUUCUCAGCAACUCCUGUGGACCUUGCGUUGGGCAGUGGGAUAGGAAGGACGUUGAUGUUGCUGGAGCUGAGGACAACUCAGUCAUUUCCAGCUUCAACCGCAACUUUACUGGUCGCCAUGAUGGAAACCCUGCGACACAUUCAUUUGUCACGUCUCCCGAGAUUGCCACUGCCUUUGCUUAUGCUGGUGAUCUAUCUUUCAACCCCAUGCACGAUACCAUUUCCGUUGAGUCGGGCACCUCCAACCACUUCCGAUUUACGCCUCCUGUAGCCAACGAGCUUCCAAAAAGCUUCAUCGCUGGCAGCGAUCUCUACCAACCACCUGUUCUAGAAGAUACCUCAGAUUACAAAGUAGCCAUCGAUGAAGGAAGCGAUCGCUUAGAACUUCUCACGCCGUUUGAGCCUUGGAAACCAGGCCAAGCAGAAAACAUGGAAGUCCUCAUCAAAGUCUCAGGGAAGUGCACCACCGAUCAUAUUUCACCAGCAGGGCCAUGGUACAACUAUCGCGGCCAUCUCACCAACAUCAGCCACAACAUGCUCCUUGGCGCUACGAACGGAUUCCUUCCUGAUGCGACUUCCCUUAGCAUGACUGGCAAGACUCGAGAUCCUACGGAUGACACCAUCAAGUUCAUCCACAAAGCAGCAAGAACGAUGAAGAAUGCUGGUAUCAGAUGGUGUAUCAUUGGUGAUAACAACUACGGUGAAGGCAGUUCUCGAGAGCAUGCAGCGCUAGAACCCAGAUUCCUAGGCGGUGUAGCAGUCAUUGCAAAGAGCUUUGCCCGGAUUCAUGAGACGAAUUUGAAGAAGCAGGGCAUGUUUCCGUUGACCUUUGCAGAUCCUGCAGAUUAUGAUAGGAUACAGGAGGGUGAUGUUAUAAGUCUACUGGACGUGGAUGGAGAUAAGCUGAAGCCGGAGAAGCAGGUUACGAUGAAGGUUGUGAGGAAGAAUGGGAGCGAAUGGACUGCACAGUUAAAUCACUCAUAUCAUGCGCACCAGCUUUCAUGGUUACGAGCUGGAAGCGCGUUGAAUCAUGUUAAGAAGACGAUCUUAGGCAGCGCGGCUUGA